GCGAGCUAUGGAGGCGGGGAAGCACCGCGAGGAAGGGAAUGCGCUCUUCAAGUCGGGGAACUAUCUCAAGGCGGCGGCGGUCUACACGCAGGCGAUCAAGGCCGAUCCCGGCAAUGCCACGCUCUACAGCAAUCGCUCGGCGGCGUUUCUAAAUCUUCUCAAAGUUACCAAAGCUCUCGCGGACGCUGAGACGACCGUCAAGCUCAAUCCGACAUGGGAAAAGGGGUAUUUCAGGAAAGGGUCGGCACUAGAAGCCAUGGAUCGCUACGAUGAUGCGCUUGUUGCGUACCGAGAAGCCUUGGAACAAAAUCCCCAGAGCGCAGAAGUUGCCAGUAAAAUCAAAAGGCUCUCGCAGUUGAUCAGAGACAGAAAACGUGCCAAAGAGAAACUGGCAAAAUCAAACGGGACUACGACAAGCUCGGCACUGGAGAAGAUCAAGACCGAGUUUGGCGACACAGAUAUCGAGAAAAAGUCUUACAACUUUGUCAAGGAAGUUAUUGAAUCGGGCAUGAGGGAAUGGAGCGAAAACCAUGGAAAACUAGAUCCAGCUGUUCGUUUCUCCGUCGGGAAUCCCCCAAAGCCACCAGCUGAAGAGGUUGCAACGCUCGUCUCGAUUUCCAAGGCGUUCGAGUCUCCGGACACAUUGUCCAGUUGUGUGUCCUUUCUACGACAGUAUGCCGUAGAUACAGCUUCAGAGUGCGCUUGCGUGGUGGUGUCAAAAGCAAGCAUCGCCUAUCCACAGGUGUGGAAGGGCCAAGGCAGUCGGAAGUGGAAACACACACAGUCAGACGGAUUCUUCGUACAAUUGGAGGCACCGUCGCUGAGAAGAGCGUGGUUUAUUUCUAGUUUUGUUGACAAGGGGCAGACAAUUUGCAGGGACAUCGAAUCUCUUGAUAUCGAUUUGCAUGCAGUCAUGGCUCCGCUUUUUAGAUAGUGUAUUCAACUUGCUACGGACGAGUUUUAACCCCGCGUGUACAAUCACUCAAACUGGUGCUGCUUCUCGGCAAAGAGAUGGAAUGAUCAACGAGGCAACGAGAAGCAAAGAAAAAAACCUGUGAGUAGUUUCAAAGUUUUCUCUUGGAUCGGAUAUGGCUUAGAAUUAAGAGUGAAAAGGAGGGGAUGGACCCGAGAUGGAGAUGGUGUGCCCGACACCAUCGUCACGCAGUGACAAGCGACGAGCUGUUGAGCUUGGUUAAGCGGUCAAUUUGCCAACAAGCUCUCUUUGUUUGCGUAGCUCGAGUGCCACAAUCAGCUGGAAGGAGUGGGAUAAGCAAGCAAAGAAACAAGCAAGCAAGACGAACAAGACGAUGAGCUCUCAAGCGAGAAGAGAAAGAAGAAAAAACUAUGGCAGAGCUUUGAUCCGUGAGCCAUGUUGGUUGGCUUGUCUCCAUCGCUAGCGCUAUUCGAAGAUUAAGAUUUUGGACAUCCAUGCCAUGUCUCUAUAAAAAAUCGAUUUUUUCUCU